UCAGAAUCAUUCAGAUUCGAACUCUGAUUUUACCAGCAUCACUGAUUAUCUCUUUGUCUUUGCAAGGGCUGCUACCACUUUGUGAUGUGAAUGAAUGGCUCACAAGCAGGGCCAAAAAACUCAUGACUAAGGGAUCAAGAGAAAGGUAGCUAUAAGCUUGUAGGUAUCCAUCAUGGUGUGCCGUGUGCGUGAGUAAACCAUGAGCUCACAGUCGACGGUUAGGUUCUUGGUUAGCCGGCAAAAGGCACGAUGCUCGGGGAGGAGAUUGUCGGUUGCGUCUAGCAAAAAGCUUAUUCGUCUUUCUCGACUAUAAAUUGGAUUCGCAUUGCCAUGGCUCGCCCUCCUUCCAAGUUCGAAGAGAUGGCGGCGGUGCUUCGGUGGAAAUGGCAGAUCAUGGUGGCCGUCGCCACCUCCGUCAUUAUCGUGACCCAUAGCGCCGGAACGCUCCUCGGCCGGCUCUACUUCGACGGAGGUGGCCGCAGCAAGUGGCUGGCGACCGUCGUCCAAUCAGCGGGCGCCCCUCUCUGCCUCCCCCUCCUCUGCCUCCUUUCCCUCCGCGUCAAGUCGCCGCCGCCGCCUUCCGCCGCCCGCCGCCGUGACCUCGCCCUCAUCUACCUCUCCCUCGGUUUCCUCAUCUCCGCCUCCAACCUCAUGUACUCCUACGCCCUCCUCUACCUCCCCGUCUCCACCUUCUCCCUCCUCUGCGCCACCCAGCUGGCCUUCAACGCCGUCUCCUCCUACUUCCUCAAUGCCCACAGGUUCACCCCGCCCGUCCUCAACUCCGUCGCGCUGCUCACCUUCUCCGCCGUGCUCGUCGCCGUCGGAUCCGAGUCCGACGCUUCGAACGCCUCCAGGUCAGAGCGGCGGCUGGGGGUGGCGCUGGCGCUGGCCGCCUCCGCGCUCUUCGCGCUCACGCUGUCCCUGAUGGAGCUCUCGUUCGAGAGGGUGAUAAAGGCGAGGACUUGGGCGGCCGCGGUGGAGAUGGAGGUGUGGACUAGCACCGCGGCGACGGCGGCGGCUGUGGCAGGGCUGUGGGCCAGCGGGGAGUGGAGGCGGGUGGGGGAGGAGAUGGAGCGGUUCCGGAGAGGGGGGAGGGCGGGGUACGUGAUGGCGCUGGUGGGGACCGCGGCGGCGUGGCAGCUCUAUGCGGUGGGGCUAGUGGCGCUGGUGGAGGCGGCGUCGGCGCUGUUCGCCAACGUGACCUGCACGGUGGGGACCGCGCUGGUGCCGUUGGCGGCGGUGGCGGUCUUCGGCGACGAGAUGGACGCGGCGAAGGCCGUGGCGAUGGGGAUCGCGUUUUGGGGCUUCGCGUCCUACGUCUACCAGCACUACCUCGAUGAAUCGAACUCCAAGAGAGGAGUGGACAGCUGCAACCGCGCCAAUGGUUCGGACGCCCCUGAUGCCUGUCCUUAA